GUUAAACGAAAAUGGCUACGCAGGUUACUACCAAAUAAAUUUAAAACUGGACUUUGAAUCAUUCAACUUUAACGUGUCCUUUGUCAGGGUUAUUGGUGUUAACGUUUUCGAAUGGAUUUCCCGGAGCGGGUUGAUUGUGUUAUUGAUGGUACAGGCUUAAGUGAAUCUCUGAUUUCUGCAAGUUUAUCAAUAUUGGGGAAACAAAUUCUUCAUAUCGAUAGAAAUGGUUAUUAUGGUGGAGUCCUUGCAUCUUUACGAUUCCCUGAAUUCGAAAAACUUCUCAGUCAAAUUGAACCUGACUGCCCCAAAAGUCUUCCAAUCAUUAAAGAUAAUUGUUUAGAUCUCAGUGAGAUUGAGUCUCCUUUGGUCACUCACAGGUCAUCAGAAUGGUUUCUAGGCUGUGACGACAGUUUCGAUUCCUAUGAUGAUAAUGAUGCUGAAAAUUACAGUAGUGUGAGCAGAAAAGUUAUUAAUGAUUCACCAAGCACAAUGGCAUUGCCUAGUGAUAUCACUGUUCACGAUCAUAUUAGCACUGAGAUUUCUAGUGUGGUUCGCGAGCUUGGAGAAGAACAAGAGAAAUCCAACGGGGAUGGACAUGAAAACGUUACAGUAACCGAGCAAAAAUCUGAUGACGCUGAUAAGAUUGUCCAGAGCCAAAAAUUAUGGUCUCGGUCUAAACUACGAAACGCUGUGCGCCUACAUGAUAUAGACAUAGUACCAAAGAUAAUUUAUUCGCACAGUCCUGUAGUAACUGCGCUUCAACGUGCUGAUGUAACAAGAUAUUUAGAAUUUCGUUUUGUAUCACGCCUGUUAGCUUAUAUUGGUAAUAAUCAGUGCACACAACAGUCUGGAACAGUCUCAAACAAUGCUGAUAACCAACCUUCCUCAACAAAUUUUACGGGUCAUGUAGUCAAAAUUCCCGUCUGUCGUUCUGACGUGUUUAAAACACGUUUAUUAAGUUUACAUCAAAAAAGAUCGUUAGGUGCAUUUUUCGAAUGGUGUUUUCAUUUAAUCAUUAAUGAUACUCAACUCAGUACAACACAUUCUAAAAAAGAUGAAGAUUAUUGUGCAUACGAAGAUCGACCUUUUCAAGACUUAUUAACUGAAAAACGUAAACUUGAUAAAUUUACUCAACAAUUAUUAAUAACUAAUCUAUCAUUCAGUAAUCAACAGAUUAAAACUAAAGAGGCCAUUUUUAGAAUUCGACGAUUGUUAUUCUCUAUGGGUCGAUUCGGACCAUAUCCAAUUUUGUGGCCAAUGUAUGGUAGUGGAGAUUUAACUCAAGGAUACUGUCGAAUGUCAGCUGUUUUCGGUACGACAUUUUGCCUUGGUUGUAAAGUAGAAAAAAUUGAAUACAUAAAGUCAGAGGUAGAUGCAGUAAUUCGAUCUGUUGAGAAUUUGACCACCAAUAUGAAAGAUGAACAGAUAACGACAGGAGCUGACCCUUCAUCAUCGUCGUCAAUACCAAAGAAUAAUACUGAUGAUGAAUUCAUUGUUUAUUUAUCUAAUGGUAAAAAAAUAAAAACAAAAUGUGUUAUUUUAUGUCCAGAAUGUUUACCAUAUUCUUGGAUUAGUGAUUUUAUUAAUCAUUGGUGUGCCCGAGCUGUACUCAUUACAGACUCUUCUCUUUUACCCGAUGACUGUAAAUCGAGUGAUAUUUCAAUACUUGCAUAUUCAUUUGAUGCAAACAAUCAACAAAAUGAUUUAUGCCUUGAUCCUGUUAUCAUAAUUGAAUGUCAAGUUGAAAAAAAUAAAUUCUGUAAAGAUAAUUUAUUUGUCGUACAUCUAUGUGCAAUCAUUAAACAACCGUAUGAUCCAAAGAAAAUUUUCCAACCUCUUUUAAAUUGUUUAUUUACACAAUAUGAUGAUAAUACCGUGCAUCCUUCAUCGGUCAAUCAAGGUCAUUGUAAACGACCUAGAAUGCUAUGGGCUGGUUAUUUUUGUGUACCGGACUUAUCAUCUAUUCCAAAUAAUUUCUCUACACUUGGAAAAUCUGAAACAAUAAUGAAUUCUAAUAUUUUUAUCACUGCUGGACCAGAUGCUACUCCAGACUUGGAUUCAAUUAUACCUAAUGCAGAAGAGUUAUUCCGUAAAAUAAUUUCUAUUCUAGGCUUGCCAAACAAUUCACAAAAUUUAGCAUCAACAACGACUGGAACAAACAAUGAUGACAGUACAUCUCAGACUAGUAGAUCAUCUAUGUAUACUACAAUUGAUGCGGUUUGGGAUGGUCAAUUUCCACCUAAAGCACCUCGACCAGAAGAUAUUAUUGUGGUAGAUGAAUCAGUGAAUCCACCACCAGUAGUGACAAUAGAAGUUCCUCAAGAAGAUCAGAAUUGUAGGUGACAUUGAUUCUGUUAGUAUUUUUGUCAAUUAUUAUUCUAUAAACUGUUUGGAAAUAUCUAAACGAUAAUAUUUAUGUUGAGUGAUGGCUUAAUCGUCAAAGUGUUCAACUUUCACUAAUUCCCAACUUUGAACCCUGUCCCAUCUACUUGGGCUUAAGCAACCGCAUACUAUAAUUAGCCUUGACACUUGAAAUAUGGCUUACAUUCAAGUAUCUGAACUUAUUCCUCCCUUUUCUCGAUUGUUGAAAUUGAUCCAAACAUCAGUUAAGGAAGGAGAGACACAAGGAAAAUUCAUAUCAAUUUGAUGGAAAAAAUCUAAAAUUUUCCUUCAUAACUUUGACAAAUAACGGCAUUAAUGAUAAUAAUUUCUGUUUGAGUUGACUUACAUGAUUGAUACUUCAUUCUCUAUCUCUCCCUCUGUGUGUGUGUGUGUGUGUAUAAUGUCUUCGCUUUUCGCUUACUCUUUAACUUUCUCGUGUCUUCCUGUUGUCUAUGGGUUGUUGAUUUCUGUUUUAUUUUGAAAAAAAAAUUAUACACAUUUUCACUUCUGUGUUGAGAGAAGUGAAGAAUAUCAUCAAAGCAAUGGGAAGGUCACUUUUCAUUUUUUGUUUGUUUUUCUUUUCUUUCCUGUUUACAUCACAUCUUUUUUUGUAAGGCGGAGGGCGAACACUUUCUUAUUGUUAAUGAAAUGAAUGAUAUGAUCUAACUUAAUAGUUUAUUUUGUGUUUUUUUCUCAAAGAAAUAUUCUAUUUUUGAGGUUGAUAGUUGCAUCUUGUUCUGUUUUCGUUUAUUUCCAUCGAUGGAUAUGUAUUCCGAUGGCAUUGUUUAUAUGUGAAAUAUUGUCGCACGUUUUCUGGUGUAUAAAACUAGUUUAUUGAUGUCAACGGUCGACAAGUCACUGAAUGCGUAUGGAAGUAACUAGUUAUUUAGAUCAUAGCGGUCGUUAUUUAAGUAGAGAAAGAAUU